ACCAGCCGCAAGGAGAACCAGAAAUGAAGCUGCGUUACCAGCUUUUCUACAUACUCCUUGGCCUUGGGGCACUUUUUACAGGUGUGACUGAUGGAGCCUGUGACCCCCAAGCAGCUGCGAUUUUAGGGGGAAACUACACUUGGCUGAAGGAAGGGGAGAUACUGAAAUACACGUGUCCAGAUGGAAAAUAUCCAUAUCCUACCAAAGUCCGGGUUUGUCAUGGUUUGCGUUGGAAUGCCAUGAGGGACUCGCAGCACAGGCGUGUCAAAGCGGCACGGUGUCGAGACAUCCGAUGCACCAGGCCUCUGGAGUUUGAAAAUGGCCAGUAUGAACCCCGGCAGCCCUACUACAAUGUAAGCCAGGAACUGAGAUUUGAAUGCUACCAGGGGUACACGCUGCGUGGGACCCAGAACCGCACAUGCCUCCCCCAUGGGAAAUGGAGCGGGCAGACAACUGUGUGCGACGACGGAGCUGGCCAGUGUCCCAACCCUGGAGUCCCGAUUGGUGCCCGAAAAGAAGGGACCCGGUACCGAAUAGAAGACCGAGUCCGAUACUACUGUGACAACGGACUCACUCUCAUGGGGUCCAAAUAUCGGGUUUGCCAAGAGUCAGGAGCCUGGACCGGUUCUGAACCGGAAUGCCGUAGUCCGUUCACCUACGACACCCCAGAAGAAGUAUCCUCCAAUUUCAUCUCGUCCCUCACUGAAGUUGCAGAGUCCUCAGAUCCCAAUAAAGUUGUUUCGGACACAGAACAGCGUAAAAUCAAAAUCACUCCUGGUGGUUCGAUGAACAUUUAUGUUGUUCUAGACGCCUCUCAAAGCGUGGGCAAGGCGAAAUUCAAAGAGGCCAAGGAUGUGAUCGUCAAACUGCUUGAGAAGGUCUCCAGCUACGACGUCACCCCCAAUUACGGCAUCAUCACUUUUGCCACCAACCCCAAAGGGAUUGUGACAACGACCGACCCGCGUAGCAGUAACGCUGCUUGGGUUAUCGACGAACUGGAGAAGCUCAAGCACGAAGAUCACUUGCUUAAGCCUGGAACAGACAUAAAGGCUGGUCUGAUGUCAGUCUAUGAAAUGAUGAUCAAUCAGCAAGAGGACGAAAGGCUGAAGGGUUUGGAUCCCAUUCCUGUUAUCACCACCACCCGACAUGUCAUCCUCCUCCUGACUGACGGAAAUUACAACAUGGGUGGAGAUCCAUCUCCCGUUAUUGGGCGAAUCCGGGAAUUCCUCCAUAUAGGGCGUGAGCGUGUUGGAGAUCGUGAGGAUUUCUUGGAUGUCUACGUGUUUGGUAUUGGGGAGAUGGUCCACGAAGAAAAUGUGAAUAAUCUGGCAUCUAAGAAAAACGGAGAGAAACACUACUUUAAGCUCGAAAAAAUUGAAGACUUGCAGAAGGCCUUUGACGAUAUGAUCGAUGAGAGUGAGGCAUUGAGUAUGUGCGGCUUGGCUAAGGAGUACAACAGUGCAGACGAUGAAGAAAAGAAUCCCUGGCUUGUCAGUAUCGAAAUCUUGCGUCCUGGGAUUGGAACUGAGAAGUGCAAAGGAGCCCUCGUUUCUCAGAAGUACGUCUUGACGGCAGCUCAUUGCUUCACCAUUGAUGACGUUGCAGACCAGAUAAAAGUGAAGAUAGGCAACCAACCAAUCUUUGAAGUGGCUGCACUCAAAUCCCAUCCUCAGUAUACUGUCGGGAAGCUACGAGGACUCGGGAUCCCUGAAUUCUAUGAUUACGACAUUGCCUUGUUGGCACUCAAAAAGCAGGUCACGUUCAACUCUGGAGCAAGGCCAAUCUGCUUACCAUGUACAGCAGGGACCAGCCGAGCUCUGAGGAGGCCCCAUCCACAGACCACCUGCAGGGACCACGAGGAAGAACUGAUGCCUGUUGGGAACAUCCCAGCUCUCUUCGUAACUCCCUGUCGGGAUACGACUAACUCAGCAUUAGGCCUGCGUCGCAGAACGGUGCGGAUCAAGAAUGGUGACAAGAAACAGUCCUGCGAAGAAGAUGCAAAGAGAGCCCAACAGUACAAAAAUGUCACAAAGGUCUCGCAGGUGGUGACUGAACGUUUCCUGUGCACGGGGGGUACUGAACCUGAGGUGGACCCCAACACUUGCAAAGGUGAUUCCGGCGGACCCCUGAUCAUUGCUAAAAGGAUGCGUUACAUCCAGGUGGGCGUGAUCAGUUGGGGGGUGGAGGACGUCUGUAAAAAGAGGGCGCAGGUCCAGUGCGACGGCAAGAAGGACCACCUAGAGCACGCCCCCUCCUACUCCAGGGACUUCCACAUCAGCCUCUUCAAGGUCUUGCCGUGGCUCAGGGAGGAGCUGCGUGAAGAAGGGCUGGAUUUCCUCAACUAAGAGGGCG